GCGGGGGGGAGGAGAUGGCCGCAGCGGCCGCCGCGGCGUGCAGGCGCGGCCUGCUCCUGCACAACCAUCACCACCAGUGGCCGACGCGGUGGGCCGGCCCCGCCGCCGCCCGCAGCAUCUCGCAGCUCGUCAAGACCAACGGCCGCCGCGCCUUCCUCGUCGACACCCUCGCCCUGGUGAGGAAGCUGGAGUCGCAGGGCGUCCCGACCAAGCAGGCGGAGGCCAUCACGUCCGCCAUCACGGAGGUCCUCAACGACAGCCUCGAGAGCAUCUCCGAGUCCUUCGUCUCCAAGGCCGAGAUGCAGAAGAGUGAGAUGCUGCAGGAGGCCAAUAUCUCCAAGUUCAAGUCGCAAGUGCAGAGCUCGCAGGAAAACCAUUUCUCUUUGUUACAGCGGGAGACUGAAAAACUCCGUGGAGACAUUGAUAAGAUGAGGAGUGAACUGAAGUAUGAGAUUGACAAGGUCACUGCAGGGCAGCGGUUGGAUCUGAACCUUGAAAGAGGGCGCAUACGUGAUGAGCUCGCCAAGCAGAAUGAAGAAACCACAGAUCUCACCACAAAGCUUGACAAGGAAAUUCAUUCACUGAAGGCCCAGCUGGAGGCAGCAAAGUAUGAUGUCAUCAAAUACUGCAUAGGUACCAUCGUUUCGAUAUCAGCCGUUGGACUCGCCGUUCUCCGCAUCGUGAUGUGAACCCGAACACAUGUUCUUUCGUUUACCCAUUUAUCCAUGGAGGCCACAAAGAGGAUAGUUCCGAUUCUGUUCCUAGUUUUUUCAAUGGGGGCAAAACUUGGUCAGGGGAAUGCUGUAACAUCUGUAAGAUAGAUCGACCUGCAGAAGGAAUAUACAACCGAAAUGAUUCUUUACCUGUGCUUGAGCUUUGUGGUAUUGACGCUUAACUAGCAUGCUUCCCCAGUCUCUGCCGACGCGGAAGUCACUGUUGUGUUGCAAUUAACACGCUGUGGACAUCUAAUCCUAGCAAUGAAGGAAGACUUGAUA